UAGGCGGAGCCGGAAGCGCGGGGGGCCUGGAGGAGCCAUGGGGGUGAAGCUGGAGAUCCUGAGGAUGUGCCUGUACCUGUCCUUCCCCGUGGCCGUGUUCUGGGUCUCCAACCAGGCCGAGCUCUUCCAGCGUCACGUGAUCGACCGCAAGAGGGAGAUUUUCCCGCCGGACACCCCGGAACGGCGCCAGGCCAUGGCUGAGCUGAAGCAGCGGCUGCGGGAGAGGAAGGGGACGCAGGCGUGAGGGGACAGCGGGGACACGGCCACCGUGGGACACACGGCCACCAGGGGACACGGCGGUGACAGCAGGAGCAUGGCAGUGACACCAGAGACACACGGCCACCGUGGGACACACGGCCACCAGGGGACACGGCGGUGACAGCAGGAACAA